AUGUCUCCCUAUGAUGCGCUGCGGUCUCAGUUAUUCACGAAAACCUCGCGGCUGCGCAUAGGAUUCUUUGUCUUCGAUGGCUCAUUUGUGCCUGUGCCUGCUGCUCAAAGAGCUGUACUUCAUGCUAAGUCGCUUCUCGAGGCCAAGGGUCACGAGGUGAGCAGGAACAGGGAUGACAACCGCAUCUUUUUUAACCUGUUUAUUUCCAUUCGCAAGUUCACUUCUUUUCGUUGA